AUAUAAAGCAGUUUCCGGUGCGUCAUCGACAAACAGUUUUUCCUUUUUCCGGUGGUGGAGGUCUAAGCGCACAAACAUGCCUCUCGCGAAGGAUUUGUUGCACCCGACCCCAGAGGAGGAAAAGAGGAGACACAAAAAGAAACGUCUGGUGCAGUGUCCUAACUCCUACUUUAUGGACGUGAAAUGUCCAGGCUGUUAUAAAAUCACCACAGUCUUCAGUCACGCCCAGACGGUGGUGCUGUGUGUCGGCUGCUCCACAGUCCUCUGUCAGCCCACGGGAGGCAAGGCCCGUCUCACAGAAGGCUGUUCAUUCAGGAGGAAACAGCACUAGUGGACCAGGCUGUGGCCUGAAAACCACUGACAAGGAAA